AUGGAACAGGUGUCGRUGAAUUUUUCUUUAUCUUUGAAYUCAGGRCGCUUAGUUGGAGGAAUUUUUGGAGCAGGUUUUUGGGAAGCUGCCUUGUACUCGUAUACUGGACAUCCCUUAAAGUUGGCAGUGUGGUCCCCACUACAUAGGGCGCAUUUGGCGGGACUGUUGCAGUCUUUGGAACAGUCUUCCGUGAGCUUGGCGGGUUUGAAGUAUUUGGGGAUCGUACACGCCGACCUAAAGCCCGACAACAUAAUGUUCAAAUUGGGGACAGGGAAUAAUAUUCUGGUGAAGAUCAUCGAUUUCGGUUGGGCGUUCGACAUGAAGAACGUGCACACCAUGUACCAGAAGCAGCUCCAGGUGAUCCCAUACCGUGCGCCCGAGGUGUGCUUCCAAGGCAAUCUAGAUCACGGUCUGGACAUGUGGGCCCUGGGAUGCAUCAUGCCGGAAAUUGUUACCGGCGUCAAGCUGUUCGACGUCGACGACGAGGAACUGUUGAUCAAAAUGAUCAUACGCACACUUCCAGUGCCCGAGUACUUGAUAUCGGACUUAUCAAAAGAUAUCCUCGAAACGAAACUCACCGUCGGUUGGAUUCAAUUUCAGAAUUUGCAACAUGACAUAACCGGACAAUCUGACCAGCAAUACUGUGAGGACAUCUAUUGGUUCGUGGACUUGGUGCACAAAAUGCUAACUGUAAUGCCGGAAACGCGAAUAACAGCGGUCGAUGCACUCGCUCACCCGUUCCUGACGAUCAUGCAUUUCAUCAAGUACCCAAGCACAGUGAUGACCAAGAAACACGCUAAACUUAUGAAAUCGUGUAUGCUAGACAUUUAA